AUCAACAACGAAUCAAACAAUUUCAACGCAAAACCACUCUCCAAAACGACCCAUUUUCAUUUUCAUCGCUGUUACCCCAAGAACACCAAAGUGCGCAAGAUACCAAUCAGACGUAUUCGAGUAUUUUCGAGUCCCUUUUUCACGACAGCGAAUCAUUUCGCUGCAAUCCCCUUCAAUUUCUGGCGAUUUUGCACAAUUGGAUCUUCCAUCCAUACAGAUUGUCGCAUCGCAUCGCAAUUGUACACAAAAAUCCCAAAAUAACCUUAGCCAUCGACACAACAUAAAGGUUAUUAAAGAAAGAAGCACAAGCUUUUGGCGAGUUUCCUUUGCGUCAAUCCAAUCCAAUCCAAUCCAAUUACGCUCGUGCUUUUCUCUCCCGUUGUUCUUCACUCGGUUUAUUGACGUGAAUUGGUAUUGGCAUUGGUAUUGGUAUUCGAAUAUCACUUUCUACCUGUCUAUCUGAUGUGUAUGUGCCGAUAGACGCGCUCGAUUCCCAAGGGAAAACAAAGAAAGACUCCAAUAACGUGUCAGAUACUACUACUACUACUACCACUACCACCACUACCUUGUAUCAAACAUCGUGGGAUUUUUUUAAAGAGGGGUGGUGACAAGCCAAAGCAGAACACUGCCAAUCAUUCAUCGUCUUCCUCCACCAGCAAUAUCAUCGCCAUAGCCCUAUCAACAGCUCCAGAGACCGCAACGCCAAAACAAUUGGCCAUAGCCCCGAUCCCGUGAUUCAUUCUACCUGCGGGAAGGAUUAAACAGAGCUUGCCAUUGAAUUGAUCUGAAUUGAUUCCACGUCGCGUAUUGGAAGCCAGUCAACUUGAAGAGUCACACAACACUCACACACACACACAUUCGCACACACACACACACACAUACACACACCACACGCAUUAGAUCGAUCUAUACCAGGAUUCUGAUUUCAAAUUCACGUAUCAAUCCACCUCACUACUGUACUUGCUUGGUUUAUGGAACCGACCCGACCCGAACUUUGGUACAGCAAUACGAUUCACUUCCGAGCAAAGUUGAGGUUACCUGCCGAACACUCGACCAUCCAACCCAGUUUAGCUCAUCCCAGCCCCCCCCCUUCCCAUUCAAACUCAUUAACCUUACCAAUCAUUGAGUCAAUAUCAUAAGGUACAUCAAGGGUCCAACGCGCAACACAAACCACCAGUUUGUUACUUGAUUUGAAUUUUUCAAUUCAAAGUACGUCACGUCGCCUAAAUUAGAAUAAUAUUCCCAAUUAUUAUUCCAUUAUUACCGGUAAAGCUAAAGAAAGCUCAUACACAAGUCCUACAUUGCCAAAAGUCAAUAUUUACUGGAGAAAGCUUCCUUCCUCUACGAGUGGCUCGCGAGAUAGCUAGAUACCACAAAAGGUUGUUCAACGUCCAUCUUGAAUAACUUCAACCCGAUAUUCUCACGUGGGGUGACCAACUUUCGAGCCUAAUACGCCGCACGCCUCACUCGAGCGCCUUUCGUUUACAUCAGCUUGCAUAUGCUGUGCUGCGGUCAAUUGCGGUGUACACCUACCAUAUUGCUUGCCAGCACAUCCACGCAUACCAAGUCGACGGUUGACGACCAGGCUUAGGCACUAGCUCAGUGACAGCCACCUGGAACCUUUGCGACAGCAUUGCCAACGCGUUAAUCCGAGUCAUCGAAUUUUCGGAUUUUCAUCAUAAUACUCAACUCCAAUUCAUAACGUACUCGGCGAACUCGAUAGCACUUCUUUCGUCGCUUUCUACACCUAUCAAGAACUAUACCUUAUUGCCUCAACGCGCCCCAAGCUUCACGCAACCGCGACCUAGACAGUCGAGAUCUCCACUUCUUUACCAAAAAUCUCUUACGGGAUCAAAUCUGUACAAAUGAUGGAGUACGCGCAUUAUUCACAACCGCCGCAAGGCCAGCAUAAUCAUACGCAGGCGCAUAUUCAAGGUGGAUAUCCAAAUUCUGGUCAGCACCCAAAUUCUGGAGCUCCAAUUACUUCACCAUCUCAACAACAACCAGUCCAUUCGCAACAUGCCGUUCAACAAUCUCCAAUUCUUUCUUCGCAAUCGCAGCAAGGAGGUCCCAAUGCGGGACAUAUGCAGCAACACACACUGGGAUAUCAACCAGCAUACGUACCGCAGAUGAACUUGCAAUAUGGAAACAAUCCCAUGAAUACCCAGGCGGCAGCGAUGGCAGCAACCAAUGCUGCAGUUGGUGGUAACUACCCUUACAGUAUGCCGGACUCAAGCUUGCCGCAAACAUCGCCAAGAGUUGGUGCCGGUAUAAAUGUGAAGAAGGAAAGAGUACCGCGGUCACCGACACAGGCUGCCAUUAACAACCAAGUUGCUCAAAAUCGACGUAUGAGUGUACAACAUGUUGGCAGUCCCGCUGUACCCAAUGCGCAACCUCUCAUGAACCAUCGGGCAUCAAUUUCAGGACCUCCUAUGCCGGCACCUCCACCACACCCUCAAUCUCCCGAACUCGUUUCCGGAGCAGUUGAAGAGUCACCUUUAUAUGUCAAUGCAAAACAAUUUCAUCGCAUUUUGAAGAGACGUGUUGCGAGGCAAAGAUUAGAGGAGGCACUUCGAUUGACUUCAAAGGGCAGAAAGCCAUAUUUACACGAGAGCAGACAUAAUCAUGCAAUGAGAAGACCCAGAGGUCCUGGAGGUCGAUUCUUAACAGCAGAUGAAGUUGCAGAAAUUGAGAGAACAAAGGGCGAUGGUGGAGAUGAAAAUGACAAACCAUUAGAAACGCCGGCUAAGAGUGUCUCUAGUGUGAGUGCCAGUUCGGGAACUAAGCGAAAGGCCGACUCCGACAAUCAUACUCCUACUAAGAAACCUAAAUUGGUCGCUGCAGCUAGAAGCAGUGCUGAGGAAGAUGAUGAGGAUGAAGAUGAUGCAGAAGAUGAUGGAUGAACAUGAGAUUUAAAUGUCUUUUAUAACAUUCAUCAUUUCAUCCACAGCUCCAAUUGUUUAUUUAUGAUAUCACGACAGCGAUUGUUUCUUGACCUGCUACUGUGUUCGUAACACUUCAUUACUUCAUUUUAGCGAUUCUAAGGGUCUGGUUUUUUUUUGUUUUUUGUUUUACGUAUGGGUCAUUUCCUGCUUUUCUUUUUGGAUAUGAACAGGUUUUUCAUGUCACAAUGUGAGGAUGUGCCGGCUGGCAGGAGUUUUCUCACAGAUUUUCAGUUCGGAUCUCUCGGGUGGCUUUUACAUUUGGUGGGAUGGAAGGAAUGGAAGGGAUUCAUUGGGAGGAAAGGGAUAUCAUAUGAGGGAGUGGUAGGAUGGACACAAGACGAAAGUAUGAGACAAUUGAGACGAGGGAAAGAAUUCAGAUAAAAAUAUGAGGCAAUUAGGGGAAGGACUGCAUAUGGACGGUUUCUCUUGAGAGAGUGUGGCUACACGGGACAUUCGCUUCUCUUUACAUUUUUCUUUUUGAUUCCCAAUUUUAUGAACGUACAGUACAGUGGAGCUUCCCUUUUAAACUUCAACCUUGCGAGAGACCAAAAAACCAGCGAAAUGUUACUUGUUUUUUACCAAUUUCUACCAAUGUUAUUUUUUCUUGUAAUUUCUGACAAUGGGCGCUUUUUGAUAUGUUACUUACUUAUGGUUUGGUGUUGGUGUUGAUGUUGAUAGGGAAGCUAUGUGAAGGUAUCUUCCCUUGUUCUUUGCAGGAUGUUUAUAUUGAAUUUGAAUUUGAUUGAUGGCUAGGCUAUACAGCGUAUAUAUUUGCAUUUCGCCCAUUAUGUGUUGUGUUGUGUGACAUUGCGGUUGCUAGAUUUUCUCAAAGUUUUAGGCUCCUGAUGAGGGGUGAGAUAGUUUAAUAUUACACUUUUUUUUGGUGAUUGUUAUGAGCUUUCUUUUUGUUUCUGGGUUUCUGAGACUUGAUGGUGAUGGUGAGUGUUGUGAGAGUUGAAAUAGAGAUAGUAUAAAUAGGUAGUUGUGGAAAGAGAAAAGAGAAAAGAGAAAAGAGAAAGGAAAUUGGGAUGGAGGUGAACGUGGAGAGAGGAAUUAUGUAUGUGAGGAGAUGGGAGUGAGAAACGCUAGUUGCGAGAUGUGGAGAGAUGGGUGGGGAAAUCAUAGGGGAAUGGUA